CGACAUUAAUCUUGGAAAUUGAUUCUCUUUCUUCACUUUGUUUCCUUUUCCCUCCCUUCUAUACACAUUCAAAUGCAUUAAUUUCAGCUUCUUCCAUUGCUCCCAAAUCAUAGAUGCGGGGUGUAUAGCACCUGAAUAGAUAAUGCCUUUUCAACCCAGAAGGAGUGUUGAAAUGGAGAGUUUGUUCAUUUUCUUGAUUAUUUUGGUGGGUUUGUUUUUCUUUCCAGGGACAGCCAUUCUUGUUGAUAAUGAUAAGCAGGCAUUGCUUGAUUUUGUGAGCUUUCUUCCUCACUUACACUCUUUGAACUGGAAUCCGUACUCUGCAGUGUGCAACAACUGGACUGGAGUGACUUGUAGUGAAGAUGGUUCUCGAGUAAUAGCCGUCCGAUUACCCGGAGUAGGCUUUCACGGUCCCAUUCCUCAGAACACUCUCAGUCGUCUCUCAGCAUUGCAGAUCUUGAGUCUUAGAUCCAACGGUAUCACUGGGCCUUUCCCUUAUGAUUUCUACAACCUCAACAAUUUAUCAUUUCUGUAUCUUCAGUUCAACAAUUUAUCUGGUCCUUUGCCAUUGAAUUUCUCUGUUUGGAAAAAUCUCACUAUUGUUAAUUUGUCUAACAAUGAAUUUAGUGGAAGUAUUCCUCAUUCCAUUUCGAAUUUGACCCAGCUUUCAGCCUUAAAUCUUGCUAACAACUCGCUUUCAGGGGAAAUUCCAGAUCUCCAUCUGCCCAAUUUGCAACUAAACUUAUCAAACAAUCACCUCACUGGCAUUGUGCCCAAAUCACUUCAGAGAUUUCCCAAGUCAGUGUUCAUUGGUAACAAUGUUUCUUUACCCGAUUAUCCAAGCUCAGGGCCACCAGUUUCUUUACCCUCUCAUCAACCAAAUCCAAAAUCUAAGAAUGGUGGAAAACUAAGUGAGAGAGCAUUACUGGGAAUCAUAGUUGCUGGCAGUGUUCUUGGGCUCGUUGGGUUUGGAUUUCUUUUGCUUGUUUGUUGCUUAAGAAGAAUAGGUGAAGAUGGGUUUUCAGGGAAAUUGGAGAAGGGAGAAAUGUCACCAGAAAAAGCAAUUUCGAGAAGUCAAGACGUGAAUAAUAGAAUGAUUUUCUUUGAGGGCUGUAACUAUGUAUUUGAUUUGGAGGAUUUGUUGAGGGCUUCUGCUGAAGUGUUGGGAAAAGGCACAUUCGGGAUGUCUUAUAAGGCGAUAUUAGAGGAUGCAACCACAGUUGUGGUAAAGCGGUUGAAGGAGGUGAGCGCAGGGAAGAGAGAGUUCGAGCAGCAAAUGGAGGUUGUGGGGAGUAUCAAGCAUGAGAAUGUAAUUGAGCUAAGGGCGUAUUAUUAUUCGAAAGAUGAGAAGCUUAUGGUAUAUGAUUAUUACAGCCAGGGAAGUGUUGCUUCAAUGUUACAUGGUAAAAGAGGAGAAGAUAGGACCCCCUUGGGUUGGGAAACCCGAAUGAAGAUAGCCAUUGGUGCUGCAAGAGGCAUUGCUCGGGUCCAUGCAGAGAAUGGUGGGAGGCUCGUUCAUGGCAACAUCAAAUCCUCAAACAUCUUCCUAAACUCUCGACAUUAUGGGUGUGUAUCAGACCUUGGUCUGUCCACAAUAAUGAGCUCAUUGGCUCCACCUAUUGCACGUGCUGCUGGUUAUCGUGCACCAGAAGUGAUGGACACCCGAAAAGCAUCACAAGCCUCUGAUGUCUACAGUUUUGGUGUGUUUUUACUGGAGCUCCUGACUGGUAAGUCCCCUGUCCAUGCCACGGGUGGUGAUGAGGUUAUACACUUGGUCCGGUGGGUUCAUUCUGUAGUCCGAGAAGAGUGGACUGCAGAAGUUUUUGAUGUGGAGCUAAUGAGGUAUCCAAAUAUAGAGGAAGAAAUGGUGGAGAUGUUGCAGAUAUCAUUGUCAUGUGUGGUGAGGAUGCCAGAUCAGAGACCUAAAAUGUUGGACGUUGUCAAAAUGAUCGAAAGUGUCCAACACACUGGUUCGGAAAAUCAGCCAUCUUCUGAAGCCAAAUCUGAAAGCUCAACACCACCACCACCACCACCACCACCACCAAUGUUUGAGGAGAAACUCUCAGUCUCACAUUGAAAAACCAUUUUGAGAUCCUAUUUUUUGAGCAUUUUGUGUUGUAUCAUCAAUCUUAACACGUCUUAAAAUGUUGUCAGUACCUUCACUCCCUCAGUGACGAAGUUUCUGUUUAGUUCGAUCAACCUGAUCUUGUUAAUGGCAGAGUUUGGGUCAUGUUAUGUGGCGGUGUAUUCACUGGGCUGUUGGUACCUAUAAUUAUCUAUUUUGUGGUUAAUUAGUUUUCCUCGGA